CAGGAGAGGUCUGCACACCAUGCGGGACCCACCUCUAGUGGCCAGGGAGCAGCUGGGGACCAAACUGGUGCUGCAGAGGCUGCGGGCAGCUUUGCAACCCAGCGCUCAACCGCUGAGUCACCGGGGAGGCCCCCUGGUGGAGUUUUGGCCUGAGAAUGCUGGUCUCAGUCUCUUAAACAGUUUCCAACACACCAGAAGGAGCAAUCCAAAGAGAUGCCAGCCAACACCAGUGGCACAAAGUUUUAAUGCAUAGAACUAAUUAGAAAGCAAACAGCAGGGAGAAGGAAAAAUAUAAAUAACCAAGCAAGCCCGCAGAAGAAGGACACACCACGAAAAGAAAAUAAGUUGCCAGAAGUCAAUAACAAUGACAUGGAAGAACUUCUCUUUCUGUAAGAUAAAGAAUUUAGAAUCACCAUGAUUAAAAAGUAUAAUGAUAUGAGACAAAUAAUCCAUGAACUGAAGAACUCAAAUGAGACAUUAAGAAAGGAAAUAAUAGAAAAGGAGGACUAAAAGAUUACCAGAGGAGACAGAGAGCUCUUGGAAAAGCAUUGAAAACAAAAUCAAGGAAAUGGAAAAAGGGAUCAGUACUCUUGAGGAUACAUAAAUAAAAAAAGAACCAAAAGAGAAAAGGAGAGAAACAAAAAGGAAGAAGUAUGAGGAGACCCUUAAGAGUUAUAGGCAUUCCAGAAAGUGAAGAAAGAGACAAAGGAUCUGAGAAAUUAUUCAAGGAAAUAAUUGAAGAAAACCUCCCAAACAUGGGAAAGGAGAUGAAUAUAGACACACAAGUAGCAAUAACUAACAAUUACCACAAUGAAAUGAAUAUUACAGCAAGACACAUAAUAGUAAAGCUUACAAGAGUCCAAGACAAGGAAAAAAUAAUGAAAAUGGCAAGGGGGAAGAAACAGAUAACUUAUAAGGGAAAAUCAAUGAGGUUAAUUAACCUCAGACUUAAUUAGUCUGAGGCAAGUGAGAAUGGAGUAACAUAUUCAACAAACUUCAAAACAGCAAAUGCCAACCAAGAAUACUUUAUCCUGCAAAGCUCUCCUCCCUUUAUGAAGAAAAACUAUGAACUUUACAGACAAAUAGAAACUCCAGAAAUUCAUAACAACAAAACCCCCACUCCAAAAAAUUCUUCAAGAAGACCUAAAGUCAAAACCAACAGAGGAAUGAACAAGAACAGAAUAAAGUGAGGAAUAAAAUCACAAUAAAGACAAAAUGGCAAAUAGAGAUGCCAACGUACCAAUAUUAACUCUAAAUGUAAAUGGAUUAAACUCAUCAAUAAAAAGACAGAGAGUAACACAUUGGAUUAAAAAACAUAAUCCAACUUUCUGCUGUCUCCAGGAAACACAUUUAACCACAAAAGAUAAACAUAGACUGAAAGUAAAAGGUUUACUGAAAGUAAAAGGAAAACAAUCCUACAAGCAAAUGGUCCAAAAAAGAAGGCAAGAACACCUAUACUUAUAUCAGAUGAAAUAGACUUCAAAUUUAAAAAGGUAAAAAAAGAGAUAUAGAUGGACACUACAAAUCAUAAAGGGAAAAAUACACCAGGAAGCUAUAACACUCAUCAACAUAUACUCACUAAAUGAAGGAGCACCAAAAUAUAUUAGACAGUUAUUAUCAGAUCUGAAAAAGGACAUUAAAGAAAAUACAUAUGUAAUAGGAGACUUCAACACUCCACUCUCACCAAUGGACAGAUCAAGAAGAAAAAAAUAAACAAAGAACCUAGAGCCCUACAUAAAGAUAUAGAACUCAUGGACUUAACAGACAUCUAUAGGACACUGUACCCAAAAAAAAUUGACUCUACAUUUUUCUCAAGUGCAUAUCAUUCUCCAAAAUCGAUCAAAUACUGGGCCACAAGACAAACAUCAACAGAUACAUGACGAUCAAUAUCAUUCCAACUAUCUUCUCCAAUCAUAAAGGCAUCAAUCUAGAAAUAAAUCAUGAAAAGAAAACAAGGUGCCUUCCCACUUCAUGGAGAUUGAAAUUCACACUAUUGGAAGACUACUGGACUAAUGAGGAAAUCAAAGAAGAAAUUAAAAAAUACUUUAAGUUGAACGACAAGGAGGACACCACUUUCCAAAUUGUAUCAGAUGCAGCAAAAGCACUAAUAAGAGGAAAAUAUAUAGCAAUACAGGUUCACAUCAAGGAAAUGAGAAAGAACUCAAAGAAAAUCUAAUCUCACACCUCAAAGAGCUAGAAAAAGAACAAUAAAAAACCCCUAAAGCCAGUAGAAGAAAGGAAGUAAUAAAAAUCAAAGCAUAAAUAAAUGAAAUAGAAAUUAAAAAAAAAAAAUUCAAACGAUCAUCAAAACCAAAAGUUGGUUCUUUGAAAAAAUAAACAAAAUAGACAAACCUCUAGCCAGGCUCACAAAGAAAAAGCAGGAGAAAACACAUAUAAAUAGGAUUAUAAAUGAAAGAGGAGAAAUCACAACAGACUCAGUAGAAAUCAAAAGAAUAAUUAGAGAUUACUAUGAAUACCUAUACCAAACAAAUUUAACAAUCAAGAAGAUUGACAAAUUCCUAGAACGAUUUAACCAUCCAAAGCUGGAUAAAGAAGAAAUGGAGCACCUAAACAGACCAAUUACAAGCUGCAAAAUUGAAGCAGUAUCAAAGAACACCACAAAAACAAAAGCCCAGGCCCAAAUGGCUUCACAAAUGAAUUCUACCAAAUGUUCAUCACUGAAUUAAUGCCUAUCCUACACAAACUCUUUCAAAAAAUUGAAAAAGAAAAAAAUGCUACCAAAAUGUACUAUGAAGACAACAUUACACUAAUAACAAAACCAAAGAGAGACAGCACAAAAAAAAAAAAAAAAAAAAAAAAAGAAAGAAAGAAAGUUACGGGCCUGGGCCUCCCUAGUAGCAGAAAGGUUUAAGAAACAACCUAUGGAAGUGAUCUGCAGCCACUGCAGCACAAGUUCCAUCCCCGGCCAGGGAGAUGACCCACAUGGCACAGUAGACCACUCCUGACUGGCCUGCUGUUCCCCUCAGCACUGUAUUUUGGUCAAUCUGUCUGUUCUGUUCCCUACUCUGUUUUUGGUGAAUCCUCUCACUCACCACACCUCUGGCCUGUACCCCAGUUCUUGUAUGCAUAAAUAAAUAAAUCUUAAAAAAAAUUACAGGCCAAUCUCCCUAAUGAACACUGAUGCAAAAAUCCUCAACAAAACCCUUGCAGAAGAAUCCAACAAUGCAUCAAAGGGAUAAUACACCACCAACUAGUGGGAAUCAUCCCAGCGGCACAAGGAUGGUUCAGCAUGUGAAAAUCAAUCAGUGUAAUCCAACACGUCAACAAAAAGAAAAAUAAAAACCAUAUAAUAAUAUCAAUAGAUGCUGAGAAAGCAUUCAUCAAAGUCCAACAUCCAUUGUGAUGAAGUGACUUGAAAUUCUAGGGAUAAAAGGAACAUGCCUUAACAUGACAAAAACCAUAUAUGACAAACACAAACUGCCAAUAUUAUUCUCAAUAGAGAAAAGCUGAAGGUCUUUCCUUUAAGAUCAGGAACAAGACAAGGAUGUCCUCUUUCACCACUGCUCUUCAUAUAAUACUGGAGAUCCUAGCCAGGACAAUAAGACAAGAAAGACAUACAAGGAAUCCAAAAAGGGAAAGAAGAAGUAAAACUAUCACUAUUUGCAGACUAUAUGAUAAUAUACAUAGAGAACCCUAAAAGCUCCAGAGAAAAACUACUCAAAAUAUUCAGCCAGUUUAAUAAAGUAGCAGUAUACAAAAUCAACACGCAAAAAUCAGUAGCCUUCCUAUACACAAACAAUCUGAAGAAGAAGAAACCAAGAAAACCAUUUAUUUUAUAAUUGAAAUUAAAAAAAAUCAAAUAAUUGGGAAUAAACCUAAUAAAAGAGGUAAAGGACCUAUACAAAGAAAAUUAUAAUACACUGUUAAAAGAAAUAAAAGAAGAAACAAAGAAAUGGAACAACAUCCCCUGCUCAUGGAUUGGAAGAAUUAACAUUAUUAAAAAUGUCCAUCCAACCAACAGCAAUAUACAACUUCACUGCUAUUCCAAUAAAAAUUUCAAUGACAUUCUUCAAAGAAAUAGAACAAAUACUGAUGAAAUUCAUAAGGAAUCACAAAAAAAAAACUGUGAAUAGCCAAAGCCCUACUGAUGAAGACAAAGGAGAAAGGAGGUAUCACUCUUCCAGUCUUCAAGGUAUGCUAUGAAACCAUAAUAAUUAAAACAGUUUGGUAUUGGUAUAAAAAUAGACACACAGACCAAUGGAACCAAAUAGAGAGCCCAGAAAUAAAGCCACAUUUAUACGGACAACAAAUCAUUGACAAAGGAGCAAAGAAUAUGCAAUGGAACAUGGACAGUUUUUUCAAUAUGAGGUUCUGGGAAAACUGGACCACCACAUGCAAAAAAAAAAAAAAAAAGAAAAAGAAAAAGAAAAAGAAACUAGACCACUACCUCUCGCCGUGCAAAACAAUCAACUCAAAGUGGAUAAAUGAACUGGACAUAAGACCUGAAACCAUAAAAUAUAUAGAAGAAAAUAUAGGUAAAAGACUACAAUACAUACAUCUCAGUAACAUCUUUAAAGACUCAUCACCCAAAGCAAAGAAAGUCAAGGAAAAGAUAAACACCUGGGAUUACAUCAAACUGAAAACAUUCUGUACAGCAAAAGAGACAUUAAGCAAAACAAAGAGGCACCCACUGAUUGGGGGAAAAAAAUGCACUCCAUACAACUGAUAAGGGACUGAUCACCAAGAUAUACAAAGAACUCACAGGACUCAACAAAAACAAAGUAAACAAUCCAGUCAAGAAAUGGGCAGAAGAACUUAAAAGACAUUUCUCUAAAGAGGAAAUGCAAAUGACUAACAGGUUGGAUAAAUGACUCCAGAACAUGAGUUCUAAAGUGAUUUCAGUGCCCCAAAAUUACUUCAGUGUGGCAUUUGGACAUUCCAAAGUGGUGUCUCUGAUUUUCAAGAUACACAGAGCUGAAUCUCUGGACUUCAAAAACUCUAUCUGAAACAUCCAACCUCAGGGUUAUUGUAGGGACUAUUAACAUCUGAAAAUACCAAAUGAAACAGGCAAACUCUUGCACCAUCACUACCACCGCAUUGUACCACAAAGGGAUGCCACUAUACAAGGAUUCCAAAGAGGGUAAAAAGAAAAAGCUCAUUACACCUCAGACUGCCCACUAAAUGGGUAUGACAGCCACAGCUGCAGUGGAAGCACAAAAAAUGGAGAAUUCUUCUAAGGAAGAAAGGCAGCAGCCUAGGCAAGACAGCAGGGAGCAAGAAAAUGCUGAUUCUGAAGAAUGGAUAAGCUCUGAGAGUGAUCCUGAACUUAUGAGCAUUAAGAGUGGCAAAAAUGACAACUUCCACCCUGGGGACAGUCAGCUAAAGAAAAAGGAGAUUCCAUAUAAGUCACACCGCCAGCUCUGUAGAUCACCUUGUCUAGAUCGUCCAAGUUUUUCCCAGAGCAGCAUUGUACAGCAUGGGAAGCCUGACUUGGAAAAGGAAUACCAACUUAAGAUGGAUUUUGCUCUAAAACUGGGUUAUUCCGAGGAACAAAUUCAAUCAGUGCUGAACAAACUGGGCCCAGAAUCACUUAUUAAUGACGUAUUGGCAGAGCUUGUCAGACUUGGGAACAAAGGUGAUUCAGAAGGGCAAGUCAAUGUGAGUCUGUUAGUGCCUCGGUGGCCCAGCUCCAGAGAGAUUGCAAGCCCUGAAUUGUCUCUUGAAGAUGAAAUAGAUGACAGUGACAAUUUGAGGCCAAUUGUCAUUGAUGGAAGUAAUGUGGCAAUGAGCCAUGGGAAUAAACAGGAAUUCUCCUGCAGAGGAAUACAACUUGCUGUGGAUUGGUUUCUAGAUAAAGGCCAUAAGAGUAUUACUGUAUUUGUGCCUGCUUGGAGAAAGGAGCAAUCCCGCCCUGAUGCACCAAUUACAGAUCAAGAUAUACUACGUAAACUGGAAAAGGAAAAGAUUCUUGUCUUCACACCAUCCAGAAGGGUCCAGGGCAGGAGAGUUGUCUGCUACGAUGACCGGUUCAUAGUUAAACUGGCUUUUGAUUCUGAUGGCAUCAUAGUAUCCAAUGAUAACUACCGAGACCUUCAAGUUGAAAAACCAGAAUGGAAGAAGUUUAUAGAGGAGCGGUUGUUAAUGUAUUCUUUUGUGAAUGACAAAUUUAUGCCUCCAGAUGAUCCUUUAGGACGUCAUGGCCCAAGCCUUGAAAAUUUCUUAAGAAAAAGACCUGUUGUUCCUGAGCACAAGAAGCAACCAUGCCCUUAUGGCAAAAAAUGCACCUACGGCCACAAGUGCAAAUACUACCAUCCAGAGCGGGCCAACCAACCCCAGCGUUCCGUGGCUGAUGAGCUCCGCAUCAGUGCCAAACUGUCCACGGUGAAAACCAUGAGUGAAGGCACCCUGGUCAAGGGUGGUACAGGGCUGCCUAUUGCCAAAGGUGAGAUAACUUCAGAAGUCAAACGUGUGGCCCCCAAGCGCCAGUCAGAUCCCAGUAUUCGGUCUAUGGCUGUGGAGCCUGAGGAAUGGCUGUCCAUUGUCCGUAAAGCUGAGGCAAGUUCUGUCCCCUCACUUGUCACCGCCCUAAGUGUCCCCACAAUCCAACCCACCAAAAGUCAUGCAGUGGGUGCACUCAAUACCCGUUCAGCCAGCAGCCCAGUGCCAGGAUCCUCUAAUUUUUCCCACCAGAAGGCCUCUUUGGAGCACAUGGCCAGCAUGCAGUACCCUCCCAUUCUGGUUACCAAUAGCCAUGGCACCCCUAUUAGCUAUGCUGAGCAAUACCCAAAGUUUGAGUCCUUGGGGGACCAUGGCUACUAUUCAAUGUUAGGGGAUUUCUCCAAACUGCAUAUUAACAGCAUACAUAAUCGAGAAUAUUAUAUGACUGAAACAGACUGGGGUGUUUAUGCCCGGAACCCCAGCCUUUGUCCUGACAGCUGUAUGAGCCAUACCAGGAACGACAACUAUUCCUCUUACAACAACCUGUACAUGGCUGUAGCUGAUGCCCAUCCUGGAAGCAGUUUGAAACUGCAUCGUUCAGCAUCUCAAAAUCGACUCCAGCCUUUUUCUCAUGGUUACCAUGAAGCCUUAACACGAGUGCAGAGCUAUGGCCCAGAGGAUUCUAAACAAGCCUCCCACAAGCAGUCAAUUCCCCACUUAGUUCUGCAUGCCCAGCAUUCAGCAACUGGAGCAUGCUCCACCUGUGCUGGAGACUACCCCUUGCCCCCCAAUACAUAUCCUGGUGUGAUGCCCCCGCAGCCAGGACGUGCCCUAGUGAUGACGAGGAUGGACAGCAUUUCUGACUCACGCCUUUAUGAGAGCAACCCCAUAAGGCAAAGGCGUCCUCCUCUGUGCCGGGAACAACAUGCCAGCUGGGACCCACUGCCAUGUUCAACUGAUUCCUAUGGCUACCACUCCUAUCCCUUGAGUAACAGUCUCAUGCAGCCAUGCUAUGAGCCAGUCAUGAUACGAAGUGUGCCUGAAAAGAUGGAUCAACUUUGGAGGAAUCCUUGGGUUGGAAUGGGCAAUGAUUCCAGGGAGCAUAUGAUCCCUGAGCACCAGUAUCAGACCUAUAAGAACCUCUGCAAUAUUUUUCCUUCAAACAUUGUCCUUGCGGUGAUGGAAAAGAAUCCCCACACAGCAGACGCUCAGCAGUUGGCAGCCUUGAUUGUCUCUAAGCUUAGGUCUGCACGUUGACAAGAUACAACUUAUUCCUUUAUACAGAUAUGAAUAUUGAUGCUAAUAAUGCACUAAUACUAUGUAAUUAACAAUUAUGUGUUGGGCUUUACAAGUUACAAAGUAUUUAUACCAUUGAAGUGCAUAACCUUGUGAGGUAAGUCUUACUAAUGUUUUGUUUCCUGGACAAGAAAAUUUAAAACUUGGUGAGAUUAAAUGACUUGCCAAGUUCACACUGCUACCAAAUGACCAAUUCAGAACUCUCACCCAAGUCCUCUGACUCCAAGUUCCAUGCCCUUUUGCACUGUACCAUGCAGGCAAUGGAGAAUAAAACCUAGGGGGAGAGGCCUAAACUCAAGAAACCCCAACGGAUUCCAUUAUCAGCAUUUUCUUAGUCACACAUUCUAUAUUACCAUGUAUCGACGAUACAUGUAAUUUAGAGUAACAGCAUCAGGAUCAGAUCGUAUGUGGAAUUAACCUUCUAGGAUUUGUAAUAGGAAUAUAUAUGGCUAUUUAAAAGUAAAUGAAUACUUCAUUGCAUGGCUAUCUGACCAUUCAAUAUCUUUAAUAACCACAUUAUUGGGUCACAUUGAAGUUUCUAGAGCUAUAUUUCAAACUUAUUGUUAGCAAUUAUGUUGCAUGUGCGACUAUAUGUAGAUUAAGAUGUGUAUAUGUCUCUGUAUUACCUUCUAGAUAAAAGAUAGAUGGUGAAAAGAUAGAUGCUGCACCAUCCUCAAUCUACAGCUGUGUAGAUCACAAAUCUUACUCGACUUUUUUAUAUGACAUUUCAUAGUUUCAACUAGUUUUGAAAGUGAAAUUAUAUGCCUAUAUUUGAACAUUGCUUUCCUAGGUAUCAGAGCAAACCAGCUCUAUUUCCUUUGCACUUUUUACUUGUCAACAUUUAUUGACAGUUCUUAUUAGCUUUCAAGUCUCUUCAUCUCAGCAAUUAGGGGUUAGAUUGCAGCCUUCUUCUGAAGAUGUGUGUGCUAGACAAGUACAAAAGAGUUUGAACAGGACCAAGGGAUUUACUACAAGAAUUGGCUUCCCUUAUCCCAAAAGAAAUAGCUAAACUCAUAAAGCAUUCAGUGAUGAACACAAAAGCUGCACUCAAGAAGGGAUUGACACAAGUCUUUGGACUCGUGACCUAUGCAGUAUUCAACACCAUGGGAUGAAAUACAAUGGAAGACAGUGCACAGCCAUGCAAACCCUUUCUCCUGCUGUCCAUUCUUCGGGUGAUAAGGUCAAUCAUUCACAGAGCAGAAUUUAAGAAACAAAACCAGAGGAUCUUCUAGGUUGAAAAGGCAGCUUCCAAAAAGGGAUGCUGCAUGUUUGUAAUAGUUGUCAUUUUUAAUCCAUGCAAGGAGGAUGAAGUGGCCCUUAGAUAAUUCUUUAAGGUGUUAAGAAAGAAGGCAGGACUUUGCAACACCAUUUGUGCAACUUGUAUCUUGUUCAGGGAGGGUAUAUUUGUAGUUAAAUGCCUCUUGAAGAGGUGUUUAUUGUUUUGUUUUGUUUUGCUUUGUUUUUAAGCUGCCCUAAAUGAACCCCCUUUUUGAAUCCAUUGUAUACUUCAACAUUUUGAACCAGCUCACUAUUUCUUGAGCUGAGACUUGCUAAUUUCUAUGGUCUUUUUUUUCAUGAAAGUUGAGAAGGCCUGGUCUUGGCCUUUGUUUCUUCAUAAGAAGGUGUGACACUGCCUAUAAAUGUUUCUUACUGUGAAACACUCCGAAUGUGAGCCUGCAGUCAGGGUUGUUUCUGGUGGUUUGAUAAUGGCUUGCAUGCUGCUUUCUGACUUUGUCUCUGUCCCUAGUUGAUCAAAACUGCAUCUCAACCAAUGUUUCUCUUUAGUUAACCACAACUUCACAUUCAUCUCCUACCCUCUGAUCUUCCCAUCCUCCCGCAUAUUAAUGUGUAAAAGCAUUUCUUAUCAGGUAGGUCCAUAAAGAGUGACAGUUGCCACUGAAGUACUUGCUAUUUCACAAAACACCACCUCAUACCUUCAACAUUUUGGGCCUUCUAAAUCUGUCCCAUGUUUAAAUCAGGGUGUAUGACAAUCUUAGUUGACUUUACUGCCUUUGUGCCAUUCAUCUUCCUACCAAAAUCAUCAAUGGCACUAUGGUUUCCACUAGCUGCACAAUUUACAGGGAAGCACAAGAAUACUCUUGUCAGCUGCAAUUCUCAUCCUGAACAUGUUCAUAGCACUCAAAAAACUUAAGCUACUCCCAAUACGGGAAAUACUUUUAAGGCAGCAUAUGUAUUUAUUUACUAAAGACAAUGGCCAUUCUCUUCAUAAAAUGUGUAUGAACCAAAGCAGCUAAAAGCAAUGCUCAAAUAACCAGGAAUGACCUUUUGUUGAUGCAAAUUGUAUCUUUUUUUCCUGAUUGUAUAGAAACAAAUGUACAAAACUCAUCUUAAAAUAGGUUUGCUACUGGUUUUUCAUUAUGUUUGUGGCACUGUGUGUCACAGGGAAGUAGCCCAGGGAUUGUGAGGGAGCUUUUAUUUCCAAAGGGCAGUAGUAAUUUAUAGACAAAGACAAUUUUUCAAGGCCUCUUUAUUACUGUGCACACAGGAAUUGUGUGUACAAUUAAUUUCAAGCAUUACAAUGCACAAGUUCUCUUUAGCCUAUUAAUGUCCUUGCAAAAGGGAUUUUGUGUAAAGUCGUCAGUGAAUCACCUGUAAAAAUAUAUAAAAGGAGGGCCUCCCCGGUGGCACAGCGGUUGAGUGCUGCGUUACGAAGCUGCCCGCAGCCUCUGCAACGCCGGUUCAAUCCCCGGCUGCUCCCUGGCCACAGGAGGAGGGUCCCACAUGGCGCGCAGACCUCUCCUGCCACCCGCUGCUCCCCUCAACAGUGUACCUCGGUCCCUCUGCCUGCUCUGUUCCCCGCUCUGGCUCUGGUGAGUUCUCUCACCCUCCGUGCUUCUGACUGUACCCUGUGCUUGUAUAAAUAAAUAAAUAAAUAAAUAAAUAUAUAUAUAUAAAAGGAGCUACACAAAUAUGAAUGCAAAUAUCCAGCUUGCUUCUUCAUUACUAAAGAAACAUUUUUUUUUUAAUAUUGAGGUCUGCAGCACAGUUCCUGACUUUCACAUUUUGUCUAUAAUUAUAAAACAGCAAAUACAAAGAAGUACUGGGACUCCUUUGGCUCCCUUAAUAAUAAAAUCAAGCUUCCUUUGUGGGGCUAAGAGUGUGU